AUGGGAGGCAUCCCAAGCGGAUUGACUUUUGUCAACCCUGGAGGGAUGAAAAGCUUGGAAGAUGCCAUGAGCAAACACGAAAAACACCACCGACAUCACUUUCGCUAUGAGGAACCGGCCAGCGUUCGCUAUAACUACGAUCGCCUUCUUCAACUGGCUAACCGAUCGCACCCAGGUCAUCCACAACGUGUUCCGGAUCUUCCACCAAAAAUGGGAUUAAGAGCGAAAGACAAAUCUCGGCUGUCAACAGGCGUCCUGGAACAAAGCCUUCCCGAUAAACUAACGCAAGCUUUGCGCAAUCUUCGAUCUGGUGCGCUAGUCCAUUCAGCAAGCAGUUCCACAGCGCAUACUAGUAAGAGUGGUGUAGUUCCUGCCGAUGAUGUUGUUUACAUUGCAUCUCCGGAAGCAUCCCAAAUAUCAUCACAUUUCGAGGAGAUGAGACGGAGGCGACAUUCGGCUAUGAUGCGAAUUUGCCCAUCACAAUCGCCGUCACCGGUAUUAAUGAGGAAUGCUUAUCGUCGCGAACAUGGACAUAUUCGUGGAAUGUUCAAAAGUGUCCCGAACGUUAACAUGGUCGAAGAGAAGGAAAAAGAGUAUCGUCGUCGACGUCGAAGAAGUUGUCAUGUUUUUGGUGAUGAAGCGGACGUGGAAUCAUCAAGCACACGUAGUCCUACGGAUAGCGGAUAUAGAUCCACACCACGUCGUCAAGUUAGCACUGAAAAUCUAUGUGGUUACGAUGAAACGUCUCCAACACGUGUUUCACAUAAAACAACAACAAUUGUAUAUGUGAACGGGGAGAGUACACAAUCCGAAUGUAAUCCGCUUGUAAAAGCACAUGGAGCUAAUCAUACGGUAUUGGACAGUCAUAUGUUACGUUUUGGCGUUACUUGUAAAGAUAUCGAUUGUCCAUUUGAUGAGAGGGAUUUGAUCACAUUGCUGAAUCGAAAAUUAUUACCAAAAGAAAAUGUGUGCUUUGAUGUGUCGUAUAUGUCAAGGCUAGUCGAUAUGCUAUUAAAUACACUGGAAAUAAUUACCGAACAUAUUCAACGUUUAUCGAUAAACAAUGCUAAGACUACUGUCGAAAAUAUAACAACGUCAACAAAGAUCGUUUUUCCGCUGGAAAUUUCUUGGCAAUGUAUAAAAGCUGCAAAUCAAGCAAUGGCUUUAUAUUCUGUUAGUGGACAAGGAGCUUUCAAGAGAAGUAUGUCACAACGAGCAUCACUACAUCUUUCCGUUGGUAGAAUGUUUCACUGGUUAGUGAGGAAGCUUCCUGGAAAACCAAUUUCGGAAUCGGUACCUGUAUGUCUUACGGCAGUACUUGAACGAGCUGCUGAAGAAAUGCUACGCCCUGUACUACAGCUAGCUCGUAAAAACGAAAUGAAUCGAACGAUGGAAGAAAUAACACGGUCACAUAAGUCAUUAGUGUCGCUCUUUGCACGGACCUCGCAACAAAAAGAGAUCGAUCCAAUGAUAGCCAUUUCCGAAAAGAAUCUACUUGAAGCUAUUAAUGAAAGCCGUGGAAAAGAAGUUAUGGAAACAAAUGGUUUUCUAUUGUCAUCAAAAGGAAAACAACGCAGUCUAAUACAAAUGAGUUCUUCGGGAUUACAAAGCCUACGCUACUUCAUUUUGAAUCAAAGUGGAAGGAGCAAUGCGGUACCUAUUGCUGAUUGGACUCGUAUUAUUUUCGCAUUCGCCGAGCACCGAAUGUCGCAUACAGUAGAUGAAACAGAUGUUCAACAGGCUGCUAGAGUCCUUCUUGGAUGCGAUUGUGCUCCGCCAUCAGUGCCAAUUAUUUGUCGGGAUUUCUCGGAUCUCUCACUGGACGAUGCUAAGAAGGAGUUCGCAUUUUCUCUUGCUGCUUCCGCUUCACCGAUGCAUAUGCAACAUGUUUCUGCAUUAUUGGAUGGACGUUGGUCGGCAACAAAUCAAUUUGGUUUGUCUCUUAUAUCGGAUGCUGUAGUACGUUCUGAUGCAGACGCUUUACAAAGACUCGUCGACAUGGGUUUUCCAACAAAUAUUCCUAUACCGGCUUUAAUUGGUGAUAAAAGACCGUUCCUUCUUGUUGAAUAUGCUGGAUGGACUCCACUAACAUGGGCCGUUGGCACUAUGAACACAAUGUGUAUUGACAUUCUUCUAGCAUCAAAUGCCCAAGUACAAAAUGACGACAUGAUUAAGGAAUCACCUAUCCAGGUGGCCGCCCAACAAGGAUGUGAGGAUGUUGUGAGGCGACUUUUAUGUGCUGGUGCCGAUCCAUUCCGUUCGACAAUUGAAUACAAUUCGUCAAAGGUGUCAUCUCGAUCCAUUGGUUCUCCAUCCGCUCUUGCAGCUGCAUGCUCAAGAGGUCAACCGCUAAUAGUUGACAUUUUUGUGGAUCGAUUAUCCCAGAACUUUCCGACAACAGUCAUUGACUUUCUCAGUGACUCACAGACAAAAGUGAAAGAUAUAGGAAAGAUAGAGUUCAAGAGACUUCCGAAAAAUACAAGGCUUGCCCUACAAGAAGCGCUUUACUACGCAGUUGAAACUAGUCAACCUGAAUGCACACUUCAAUUAUGGAAAUGUGUACCAGAUUUACCUUGGAAUAUGUACACGUGGACUCGAGCGCUUGAAUGUGCAACCGAACAUCGACAUCAACAAUUCGCCACAGCACUUUUAGCACAUUUUUGGCCUUCAAUGUUUUCAAAACUGGAUCAGGACAAUUUUGAUUACUGUAGCUAUGUGUUAUUUUCCCAUUUGAACUGGGAGUGUCGCCGUGACAAUGGACAUCCAAAUACCGUUGCGUCAGUAAUUUCACGUAUGUGGAAUCACUAUCAAAGAGCAAACACAACAGAACAACUCGAAUCUACAUCACCAAAUAGCUUUAGACCUACCGUUGGUGUAUCCUUCGUGAACAAUCCAGAACUCUCGGAUAUACGAUUCACGGUUGAAGGUGAAAACGUGUACGCUCACCGCAUCAUGCUUUACAAUGCGUCUGAUCGUUUCAAAGAACUCCUUCGAAUUCCGAAAGGAAACAUCGACAUCACGGAUGUAUCGCACGCAACAUUUUUGGCGAUGCUGCACUACAUUUAUUCUGGAACAAUUCCAGAACUUUCUGUACAAGCGUUAUGCUGUUUGUUUGCUGCUGGUGAGGUGUAUGCAAUACCACCUCUUUGUUCCGCAAUUUUGCGUGAUCUCGCAAAAAUUCUUUCACCCCAAAAUGCUGCCUACAUUUAUCAGUUUGCCAUCGUGCAUAACAAUCCUAUUCUCCUGGAGAAGGGUGAGAAGUAUCUGCUGACAAAUCUUGACACCCUCAUCACUCAGGCAAAGAUACGGGAUUUGAUCAAAAGUCAUUCAGCCGAUUAUUACAUUUACGGCAGAUACGAUGACGAAAACUACCUCGAAGUACGCAUUGCACUUCAAACAUCACUGGCUAAAAUGUCCGACUGGGCUUCCAAAUGGGUUCUGCACAUUGGCUACGACAAGUCUCUAGUUAUGCAUGGAGGCAAAGGGAAUGUGGUUGAGUAUAACUCUUAA